AAAUCCUUUGUUCUCACAAGUUGCUCAUUAUUUUUUGCCUUGUCCUAAUUCAUUUUUUGCCUCUAAUAAUGGUGUCUCAAAAGCCAAAAUUUGUUAUAAUUGGUGCAGGAAUUGCUGGUCUAGCAGCAGCUAAUAAACUCUAUACAACACAAAACUCAAAUGAAUUAUUUGAGCUUUGUGUUGUAGAAGGUGGAAAUAGAAUUGGUGGAAGAAUUUUCACUUCUGAAUUUUGUGGUGACAAAAUUGAAAUAGGUGCUACUUGGAUUCAUGGUAUUGAAGGAAAUCCAAUUUACAAAAUAGCCAAAGAAACCAACUCGUUUGAAUCUGAUCAACCAUGGGAAUGCAUGGAAGAAAGUGAGUAUUGUGAUUUUCCGGGUGAUGAAAUAGUUAUAGCCAAAGGGUACUCAAAAGUGAUUGAAUCUUUAGCUUCUGUUUUACCAGCUGGUUUGAUUCAACCAGGCCGAAAAGUCGCAAAAAUUGAAUGGCAAUCUGGUGACAGUUGCUUAAAUUUGAAAAAUGAGGACAGUACUAAGCCAGUGAAAUUGCAUUUUGGUGAUGGAUCAGUUAUGUGUGCUGAUCAUGUUAUUGUUACAGUUUCAUUAGGGGUUUUAAAACAAGGAAUUCACGACGACGAUUUUGGUCUUUUUAGUCCUCCACUUCCUAAAUUCAAGAAUGAAGCAAUUUCGAGGCUUGGUUUUGGUGUUGUUGAUAAGUUAUUUUUGCAGCUUAGUCCAAAUCAUGAUGAAAAUAUUGAUAAGUUGUUUUUGCAGCUUAGUCCAAAUCAUGAUGAAAAUGUUGGCUAUGAUGGGAUGAAUUUCCCUCAUAUGCAAUUGGUUUUCCAUAAGCCGGACGCGAAAGUUAGUCAACCGAAAAUACCCUCAUGGAUAAGGAAGACUGCACUUUUACAUCCAAUUUAUCCAAAGUCAAGUGUUUUAUUAUCAUGGUUUGCAGGUGAAGAAGCUAUUGAAAUGGAAACUCUUGAUGAUGAAGAGAUUAUGGACGGGGUUUUGACAACAAUUUCACAGUUUCUAGCAAACUCAAAGCAUUUCAAGAAGUCAAAUUUUGCUGAAGAAAGAGAAAGUUGCAUUAAGUUUACUAAGAUUUUGAAGUGUAAAUGGGGUACUGAUCCAUUGUUUUUGGGAUCAUAUAGUUAUAUAGCUGUUGGAUCAAGUGGAGAUGAUUUGGAUGCUUUGGCUGAGCCAUUGCCUAAUGGAAAUUUGCAGAAUUAUCCUCAACUUCAAGUUUUAUUUGCAGGGGAAGCAACUAGUAGAACUCAAUAUUCAACAACUCAUGGUGCUUAUCUUACUGGUCUUAGAGAAGCAAAUAGGCUUCUUGAGCACUUUCAAUGUGUUGAUGUUUGAAAAAAGAUUGUGUAUUUUUGUUUGUUUUGUUAUUGUUUUUCAUGUUCAUUUGGAAUGAGAUGUUUUGUUAUACUCUAUGUAUGAUGGGAAUUUGAGUAAAGGGAAUUAAAGAAGUUUUUCAUUUUGUAUUGCUUUCAAUUUUUUGGUUAUGAGGACUUGUUCCUUUCCUUCCCUUUCUUUUAAUUUGAUGAUUCUUGCUUUUAAUCUCCUUAACUUUAUUGACAGAUGACAAUAAGAAUGGGGAUAUAGUUGAAAGUUUUUUAUAAGUAUAGAUUUGGAAACUACAUAAAAUCUCCCUAAAUGGUAGAUAUUUAACUAUGCGGAUUCCUAUAUAUUACCAUUUUCUUGUUUGUAACGCAUCAUUCGCCCCCCUAGAAAGAGGGUGUAUUACACAUAUGUGAUAAAAAAAAAAAAAAAGGGUUAAAAUUUUCUUAUUUUCAGCAUUUCUUUCGUUUUGAUUUAUUUAUUUUUUUACUUUUUAAAAUUUUCUUUUUCUUUUCAUUUUCUUAUUCUUUUUUCUUCUUAAUUUCCUUAUUUUCUUCUUCUCUACAUGACUCUCCACCAAAUAUAACUUAGUCACCCGAAAUUAUGUUAGGUCAUCGGUAUAUAUGUCUAGUGACCAAAAAAUUAAAGGGAUAACUACAUGAUAUAACAAACAUAUAAUGGGUAUUGACAUUUAGUAGCUAUAGUUUAACUUAAUUACUUCUCAUAGCAAACAUUUGUGUAUUAAUACCAUUUAGUAACUAUAUAUAUAUACACAUACAAAAUAGAAUACUCAUCCCACUAUUCACUUCCAACCCAUCCCUCCCAUUUCUCUCCCCCCUCUUCUCCCCACUGCUCCGCCGCUGGCCACCACCGCCGCCGGAGCUCCGGCCAAAAUGCCGUGCCCUUUUUUCCACUGCUCCGGCGAAAAUGCCGUGCAUCUUCUCCGGCGAAAAUGCCAAAAUGCCGUGCCCUUUUUUCCACAGCUCCGGCGAAAAUGCCGUCCCUCUUCUCCCCACUGCUCCGGCGAAAAAUGUCGUUGCUAUUCUCCGGCGAAAACGCCGGCUGCUUCCACUGAAUCCACCAGAUCUGAAGCAAAGAGCCUCAAAUUCAAGAUGGAAGCCAAAAAAGAGAUCUGCUCACCGGAUCUGAAAUGAUUAUUAUAUCCCGUCAGAUCUGCUCACUGGAUCUGAAUCCACCCUAAGAUUUUUUUGUUAAUAUUUUAGAUUGUAUUCAUUUUUUUUAGGGUGUAUUUGUUAAAUUUUGGAGUAUCUAUGUUGUCAUGUAUUCAGUUUUACUCCCCAUAUUCAUGAAUACAAUGAGCCCGUUUAUGGAUAAUCAUUUCAUGAAUACAGUGAAAAAAGAAAAAAAAAUAGUGUAUUCAUGAAUAAAGCAGAAAAAAAUU